AUGUUAGCAACAACAGCACCAAACUCUUUAGUUAUGAACCCAACUUCAAUGUUAGUAGAAAUGAAAAGCUUCAUUCCUUCUUCAUAUACUUUUGAAACAGAAAUCCAGAAGAUAAAGCAAGAACUUUUAACAAGUAAUUUAGACUGUAGUGCGAAAGAUGAAACAAAUGAACACCAUUUACCUAAACUUCCUGAAAUACAACAACAAAAACUCACUAUUCCUGAAUUCGACGAAAUUGAAGUGAAACCAACUGACUCAGUAGAAAUAAAGAAGUUCAUACGAAAGGUAAAUUAUGAAUUCCUUGGUUUUCAUUGCAACCAUAAAGUUAUGGACAAAGAUUGCGACAUGGUAUAUAAGAAUGUUUCUGACAUAUAUAAAUCCGGGGAGUUUAAGACCUACGACAACUUUGUUUCAUUAGUUGCAAAAUGUGUAUGGCAGAUAAGAGAUAAAGAUAGAAGAGGUAAGAUAUGGAAUGAACAGAUAAAACCCGCAACUUUUGAGUUAAAGAGAGCAAUUGACGCCUUGGUUGUUUUAGCAGGUAAGGUUUCAGAAUAUAACGCAAAAAUGAACCCGCAAUGUUCUAAAUGUAAAGCAGCAAUGAGGAGAUAUAACUACUCCGUCAAAGAGAUAGAAAGAAUGCGAAACGACUAUGCAGAUUUAAAGAAAGAAGCAGAAAAACCAGCAGAAAAUAAAAUGGAUAUGUUAGCAUUUCUGAACAAAAACUAUCCAACAGCAGAAGAUUUCCUAUUAUCUGACGUCAAGAAGAAGUAUAAAGAAACUUUCGGUAUCGUUAAAACAUUCGAUGUACUGA